AAAUUUUAUCAGAAUUUCCAUUUCGGAGUAAAACUAGUUUGAGAACCAAUUUCGAAGAUUUAUAUCUCGUUGUUAAAUCGCGGAAACAUUCGUUAAAAUUGCUUAGUUUUAGACUUGGUCUUAUUUGAGCAACUGAGUUCGACAAAUUGUAUAUCAAUUAGCGACUAAACGUUUCUCUCAUUAGCGACAAAAUUUCCUCCAACUUUUCCCAAUGUUUGUAAACAAUGCGAGGAGUUUCAUCUGAUUUAGAUUUAGAGGCACCCUGCUCACCAUUAUUACUAGCAUUGGUUAUAACACAGGUUAAAUCACCAGAUGUGGGCUAAUAAAACAUACACAAACUGGUUUGCAUUAUUCAAUUAUUUUGAGUAAAAACAAUCUAGAUAUUACUUCAUGGAGCAGAAAGUCAAACAAAAGUUAAACCCAAAUUAUUACCAUUCCUGUUGCCUUCACUAACAAUUCUUGAUUCCUCUAAUUCCGUGAAAAGACCAGAACUAAUCUCGAACACUACUUUCAAAACUCAACUUUUCGUCGGCCUCAAAUCCUCUGCCACCGCUGAAAGCUUCAAUCCCACUUUUAACUCUCACAAGCGCACCUUCGGUGGCUUAGAACUUGACUGUUUUUCUUCUUAGAAACGUCGCGGGAACUUACAUUUUGACUCAAAAUUCUGAAACAUUUUUGCCGCCACUUCAACAGAGAAUGUCGACUUCAGCUUUUAACUGUGACAGUAUUUCAAAUUCGUGCUGUUCCGACGAUGUCUUUACAACCCCAGCUACCCCUCGGACCUUCUCGGCGAUUUCGGACUGCCUUUUCCCGACGACUCGGAUGCAACGCGAAAGCACUUCAUCGUCAACUUCGUCGCCGAGUUCCAAAAUCCGAGGCUGCUCCUCGGGUUUCUCGUCGGGUCCAUGUAGUAGUUCGUGUUUAUCGUUUCCUCUCGCUUUACCGUCCAGUUCGGAUUUGCCCCCGAGGCUCCGUCCUCACGCGGGGUGCUGCUGGACUACAGCAACUCCGCCGCCUCGGAGGAAAAACUGUCACGUGGUGCUAUAUAACGGGCCUUCCUGUAGCAGUUUAUCCCAGCUUUUGAGCGCCAAUUCGGGGGGUGGUAGCUUGCCGCGUGUUCGCCCAGUGGAAAACGACUAUAAUUAUAUUUCGGCUGGCAAUAUCGCCGAAGUGAUAAGUGGAACAGCAGGUGGUAAGCGACGCAACGACAAAAAUCAGAUGCUCGGAGUCGUCUCUGAGAACUCGGGAAUUGCUGACGGCGGGACAGAAAGCCGACGCGCGUCAGUUCCCGAUAGCAAACGAUCGCUUACCGACACGGAACAACGCGGGACCGACAACUACGACGAGACGGACUUCUCCGAAGCCGAGAACAGUAUCUUCAACGUGGCAAUGCCUUCAUUCAUAUCUUCGUUAAAUUUCAACAAACUCUCUGGCGGUCGGAUUAAUUCGGCAACUAAUGGUCAGAAUGGCGAAAACUUCAAAAGCCCUUCGUGUUUCUCGUUCAGUGCUGUCCAGCCUGCAAAUAAUAACGACUCACAAGGUUCGACUGGAAACCUGAUGCGCCGACCGUUCUCGGCUCUCCGAAACCACCCGAGUGGGACCGCGUCUAACUACAGCGAGAAUGAGAUGACCGACUCGGCCAGAUCGGUGAAGAAGUCUCUUAGCUCGGACAACUUCCAGGGCUCCGGCAUUCUGGGGGGAGUGGGAGGAGUGAACUCCUCGACUGUGAAACACAAAGUGGGCCAGGGUCUGGCUCAGUCCUCUCUUGUGGUGCCCUCGACUAAAGCAUCCCGCAAGCAGAGCAAAGCCAACAUGGAGGACAACAUGAUCAGUUUAUUCGAGGCGGUCGAGGUGUGCAACUUGGACAAAGUGACCGACUUGCUCAACGUCGGGGUGAGAGACCUCAAUGCGCCGAAUGAAGACGAUUUCACAGUUCUUGACUUGGCAACUUUGCUCAAUUUCGACCUCAUGGCUGCAGAAUUGCUAAAACAUGGUGCCAAGGAAAAUCCAAAAUUUAUGGUCAAAGAGCUACGAAUACAACACGUCAACCAUCUACUUAAACGUUGUGACGCACAGAUCCACGUUUUACUCCCUGCCUUAGUAACUGCGGCCCAAAGCUCUUCCGCGAACGCUAGCCAAAAAUCAUCAGUGUCCGGAUUGCCAAAAGAGACUGAACUUCGUUUUUGGGAAUGGAGACAGCGCCUUCUGGCUAAAAUGAAGGCUUGUUUUGAACUGGCGAGAGCGCCGGAUCCUCCGACCAAAAUUGAAAUAUCAGUUACAAGUUCAACUUCUGUUAGAGUCAGUUUCACAGCGCCAAAAACUACAAAUGGAUCUCUGGUCACAAGAUACAAAAUCGCCUGGAGUAAGUCGGCUUUGUUCGAUUCGGUUGAGGGCGAGCAUGUGUUGUUAGACUUGAGAGAACUCGACUUCGUGAUUCGGGGGCUGACCCCGGGGGUCGAAAUAUUCGUGCGGGUGUCGGCCGCCAACAUCAAAGGCUUCGGACCGGCACAACUGGCGACACCGCCUUCUGCUACACCAAGCAAUUGGCGAGACAUCUGCAACAAAGAGCGAAGAUGUAGUGGAAAGAAAGUGACAGAGUUGUCUUUGAUGUAUGAACAAGUCAAAUACGCCUGUCUGGGUCUCAACUUACAACAGCAAGACAACGGGUCCCCAUCCAAGCAACGCAACCUCAAACACCUAAUGCCCACUCAUCCAAAGUUCUCAAAAAGUCUCACAAAGGGCGUGUAUCUGUCGUGUGCUCUGUACACACCUGAUGAUCGGGUGGUGGUAACGAGUGAUGACGUCAUCCCCACUGUGGAGGUGGACGAGGGGACGCCGGCCAACAUCUCCCAGGACUUCCACUGGUUCCUCAAGCUGUCGGUGGUGUGGGAUGACAUGGCGACUGUGUGUCAGGAGCUGAGUGUGACGUCAUCCAACACCUCCAUCUCCUUUAGGGCCAAACUGGUCCAGGCGGUGUUCAGUCUCCAGUCCCUCCUCUCCUGGCGGGAUGUGGGAAGGGUCUACCACAGGGUGUUGCGAGACAACCACGGAAACAUGAUAUUCGUACUCAUAGGACAUCUCCCCGACAACAAAUGUCCAAGGUCCCCCCUUAGCAAAGUGGUGGGCAAGAGGAAGCCCAAGCUAGACCUCUCCCUCAGCAUGGGGGCAGGGGGCGAGACCAGUUCUCUCAGUGGGGGUCAAGGCAGUAUCAACGCUUCUUCCAAUGUUGCCGCCAAUUUCUCAUCUUCACUUCUGGAUGAUUUCUCUGCUCUGGAUAUGCUGUUUCUGGAUUUAGAGGAGUUGAUCCGCUUCCACCAGAACCAAGAGACCUCUCUGAAACCAGGCCUCUACUUGACACUAGUGAAGGCGGAGUCCAGCAUCAACACUCUGAAUGUACAAGUGCCCUACCACUGUCCCAACAUGAGCACAUGUGUGAGGAUGAGAGAGAAUGCACAUGUGAGCAGAGAGGAGUGGGCUUGGAUUUACAACAGCAACAUGCCGAUCCAGAACAGUUCCUCAGAGAAUCCGUCCAACUUAUCCAAAAGCAGCUCAAAUCCCUCUUCAUCGGGCAUGAUGACCUCAAGUGGCAGUCACAAUGCAAUAUCACAACAACAACAACAACAGGCCAUACAUACCUCGGCUAUGGCCCCAAGUAGUGCCAGCUAUGGCCUCACAAUGAGUCAGGCCAACUUCAGAAGGAGUCUGGCGAUAGCGGCCGGGAAGUUGUUCAAGAAACUGGCCAUUAAAGAUGACAAUGGAUAUAGAAUAUACAAGGAUGAAAUCAUAGAGGUCAACUCGGAUGUGAGUGUGAUUUUGAUGUUGCCACCUGAAGUGACGAGUGUGAACAAGUACAGUGACAGUCUCUCUUCAAACCACUCCAAUGGGGGAGGGGGAGGGGGGCAUUCCUCUUCUUCCACCCCUGCCCAACUGGUGCCUCUAACUGUUCAACUGUUCGAAUUCACUCAUCUGAUGGUCUAUCAGCACUACAUCACUUCUGCUUACUGCAGACUGUGCUGUCUGGUCGACAACUUAACCCUAGUUGCCAACUACCAAAUCAGAGAGGCCUUCACUGACGAAGAAAUGCGAGGAUCCAAAAAACGACUGGAGACCUUGAGUGAGGUUGCCGACAAGACCGAAAUCAUCUGGCACUCCAUGCGCUGGCUCCUCGACAUCCUCCAGCAGAACCGGAUGGCCAGAAACAAACUCGGAAUCCACUUAAAAACACUCCUGGACACUACGACAAACGUCGUCGACAACUCGGCCCUGAAAACAUCGCAGUCCCAAAACUCCCUGCCAAACGGAAGCCAGAAACAUUUUGUACCUGGAGUUUCGAAUAGUGGGAGCCAGUCGCAUCUUUCGAAUGCUUUACGAAACAUGUCACAAAAUCAGCUGUCAUCUAACAUCACAAACGUGUCUUCAAAACCGCAAAGUUCGAAAUGUAUAGUUUUGCAAGUUUUUCCACGUUUUAACUGCGGGCUUCCACGAGGAACGUCGGUUCGAGUCGUGAUUAACUCGAAAGCUACGUGUAAAGAUGUCGUGCAACUUGUCGUGUCGGAACUUUCGAAGGUUGCUCUGAGUCAUAACCCGCUACUAACUUGGGACGCCAACCCAGACCUUUUCCAACUUUGUGUUCUUUUCGGAGAUAAUAUGGAGCAGACGCUACCAGAACAUCUACCACCGGUGCACAGCGUCGAUUAUCACCCAAACUCAGUUAAAUAUAUUGUAAAGUUAAAAACUAAUGCCAAUUUUUUUUCCAAGUACUCUGACAUAUGACCAAUUAAUUAGUUAUACAAUUUGGUAGAGACAUUAAUGUUGCUAUUCUUUUUCAAUUUUAAUUCGAUUUGAGUUUUAUGUUUAUAUAAUUCUCGUUUUGGUGGCUGCAAGAUUGAACAAAUGCUUUACUGACCUUGUCGGGUGUAGAGAUAAUUAAGCGCAAUUUAUGAAUAAAUGAAA